AUGCCCCUCCAUAGCACAUUCAUCCAGGGUAACAGCAUCAUGCUAAACAUGGCCGACGAUUCGCGAUCUCCCGUUGGUGCACAUAACGGCGACUUCAUCUUUCAGCAUCGCCUGUUCAUGGGGUCGUACUGGGGCAACUUGCACAUUAUUGUGAAGCAAUAUCAAACAGAGGCAGAGAUCGAGCUCGAGCACGCCGCUCUCACGCAGAGGGCAUACCAGGGCGAGUCCAUUGCGAGCCCGUUCCGCUACAGGUUCGCUGUCGCAGAGCACCUCACGUAUAUGCUACCGGAGCCAGCAAACGUUAGCUUGCUUCGUCAAGCAUAUCCCAACCGACUCUUCUGUGUCAAGCCUCGGGUCGUCGACACCCCCGAUCGAGUCUCCAUCCCACUGGUGCCUCGGGUCCGCAACACCAUCCCCAAUGCACCUCGUACCUCUACGCCAGUUAUCAAUUGCAACGAGAUGGAUGCCGACAAUGAGGUAGAUAUCGACAUUGAGCUGGAUAUUGACGAGACAGCCCCCUCUCUCUUACCUGCCGAGUCCACGUUGGUUGACGACGGCAACAACGACGAUGACGUUGAAUACGUCAGCUCAAGUAGCCCCAAUCUCCCUCCCCUCGCCGUGCUCAUUGACCGAAUCAUGCGCGAGAGGAGGGAGCAGAACACAAUCAUCAUUGACGAGUCGGACGACGAUCUUGAGCUCAAUGCGCGCCCUGCUAAACGGCCCCGAGGAUCUACGUCUGACGAUAUCAAGGGUAAUAGGGCCACGGUGGAUGCACAUCAAUUUGAUGUUUUUGCAUCUACUACACCACGUCAGUUGUCGCUCCCUCCCCCCAACCAGCUCAUUCUCGCUGCUAGGAACAUCUUGCGUACCGAAUUCGGCCGCGAUCUCGAGCCUAUCCCCGAGACGUCCGAUGUCGACUGA